AUGGCUCAGGCCGCUCAGCGACCUUCUGCGCUUACGUUUCCUGCUCUCCCCCCAGCGCCACCCGCAUACACCCUCGACUAUCAUGUUUACGGGCACAACAUCUUCGUCCUGGCAACGAUGUGCUACGGGAAACGGUUCAUCCUGUACGUGGCAGGGGUCGACUUGCGAGAACUCUCCGACAUCUGGCUCAACUUUAUGAAGAACUUGAUGAACACUCGCGCUGCAGUGGAAGAGGGUCGAAACAUGUCUCACGCGACACUCCUGGACAUGUGGCUGCUUUCCAACGCCAAGGCUACGAUGCAGGGCAUGGCGUCCACAGCGCCGUGGUCGCGCAUCCUGACCAUGGAGGACUGGCUCAACGUCGACACGGUCCUGCUCCAGAUGAGGAUCUCUCGGGGCGAAAUGUCGCUCGUCCCUUCGACCCCCAGCGCUGGGUUUUUCCGCGCGCGCAUGCCCCGGCUCGUCCUCCCCUUCUCGGACUUCCUCGCCCGAUCCGGAGUCAUGCUUGUGCAUCCGUCGCUGAUCUUCCUCCCGCCGCACGACCUCAGUGACCGGCCUCCCAGGUUGACCAAGGUCUUUGUCUGCGGCCUGCCGCGCUAUUUCAAGCCCGUCCCGGCCAAGCACGGUAGCGAGGGCAUGAUGCGCGAGCUCGAGAUCCUCCUUCACAUCCAGCGGGCGUCAGCGUCGAACAUGUUCCGCGUGCCGAUUGUCCACGAGGCGGUGCGCGCGGGCGAAGACGAUGGCCAGAUCUACGGGUUGUUGCUGACCUACUUCCCGCGCAGUCGCACGCUGGCCCGUGUGCGUCUCCAGGAGCGGCCCAUGGCUCUCCGCCUGCAUUGGGCGACCCAGCUUCGCGAGAUGGUCCUCAAGCUGCACACGGCGGGGAUCAUCUGGGGGAGCCCCCAGCCGGAGAGCGUCCUGGUCGACGAGACCAACAAUCUGUGGAUCAUCGAAUUUGGCCGCACCCAUGCGCCGCGCUGGGUUGAUCGCAGCAAGGAGGGCACUUACGAGGGGGAUCUCCAGGGCGUCGCUCAGAUGUGCAACUGGCUUUCGGGUGUCUUAAACGACAACACUCCGCAUACUGAUGCUGCUGAUGCGGGAGCGCAGAUCCUGGCGACUGACUAUGAGAUCAUGACUUGGAAGAACCAGCUAGCAGCGAGUGGUCAUUGA